AUGAUAGAUAAUAAGUGUUCAAGUAAUAGAUUAGUUGUUUUUGAAGAAUAUGCAUUAAAGAAAAAACAGAACUGUAAGAUAAAUUCAAAGACUAUUUUAGAAAAGCAAACAGAGUUGGCUAAUCAUCUAAAUGUACUUGAAAUUUUGGGUUUAUUAUAUGUAUGA